AUGAAUCAUGGCCAUGGCCACCUUGCAGAUAUCAAGGGGAACCUACCAAAUGAAUCCACCACCGCGUCCUUUUUCUCGACACCAAGCCAGGGAAAAUCAUCAACCGCGCCGUCGACCAAUCUAAACUCCAUGUCCUCGGCUCCUACCCCAGCAGAUUCGAGAACAAAGGAUAUUAUGUCGGAAUUUGCCAACUAUCGCCCCCGUUCCUCGAUCCCAGUCCGUCUUCCGGCGCCAGUGUACGCCCAACAAUGUGUGGCUGCCGCCUACGCAUCUAGACUGAACCCAUAUGCACUCCAUCAAAAAGAACAAGAGGCGUUGCAGGACCACCUGUGUCACCUUCAUGUUACAGUUUAUCUUAACAUACGAAACGGAAUACUUCGUCUCUGGACUAGAAAUCCAAUGGUAAGUGUGACCAAAGAGGAGGCCCUGGGAUGCGCCAAGGAUUACCGUUGGAUGAAUCUUGCUUCUUUCGCGUAUGAAUGGCUGGUGCGAAAUGGAUAUAUUAACUUCGGAUGCGUCGAGAUCCCUGUGCCCUUGCUCCCUCCCAAGAAAGGCCGGCGGAAGGAGGGCCCUAUAAUUGUUGUUAUUGGGGCGGGCAUGGCAGGCUUGGGCUGUGCGCGGCAGCUAGAAGGAUUUUUCAACCACUAUCGUGACACAUCGACAACACCCCGUGUCGUUGUAUUAGAAGGGAGACGCAGACUUGGCGGACGCAUCUACUCACAUCCACUACCAGGCCUUCAGUCGUCCACAUUACCUCCGGGGCUAGUUCCCAAGGCUGAAAUGGGCGCCCAAAUCGUUGUCGGGUUCGACCAUGGCAACCCCUUAGAUCAAAUUAUUCGAGGCCAGCUGGCGCUCUCAUACCAUUUACUACGCGACAUAUCUACCAUAUAUGAUAUAGAUGGGUCUCCGGUGGAUGAAGUCCGGGAUGCCAUGGACGAGAGGCUCUAUAACGAUGUACUCGACCGCUCGGGGUUCUAUCGACACAAGUCACUUCUCGUCCCCACUGCGGAAGGAGAUCGGGAUCUGGUCAACACCGGGCGCGACACGUCGAUAAGUGACGGCGUGACAGUGAGGCGAUAUGAAGAGGCCAGAGCGGCUGGCACCGUUGGGUUGUUGCUUCCUGCUAAACGUCUCCGUCGGGGUGUCGGCCACAAGACGGCGGAGAUUAAACCCACCGGAGCUCCCGUACCGGACCUGGACCCUGCUGAAGAACCUCCCGCGGCCUUUGCAUGCCAAACGAUGGGUUGGAAACUAAAUGAAGGGAUUUCGCCCAAAGAUAAUAUCGACUUGGAUGCCGUCGCUAAGGCAUCUCAAUUUCAAACCUUGGGGAAUGUGAUGGAUGAAGGGGUCCAUCAGUACCAGCGUAUGCUGCCUUUGACGCCGAAGGAUAUGCGACUGAUUAACUGGCACUUGGCGAAUCUGGAAUACGCCAACGCAACAAACAUUAGCAGACUAAGCCUGUCCGGAUGGGACCAGGACAUGGGUAACGAGUUUGAGGGUGAGCACUCACAAGUAAUUGGUGGGUUUCAGCAAGUGCCUUAUGGAUUGUGGUCGUCCCCAACGAAACUCGACGUGCGAACCAACAAAAUCGUGACAAGCAUCACAUAUAGCAGCUCUGCUGGAUCAGCGAAACAGAAGGCAAUAGUCCACUGCGACGAUGGGGACUCGAUUACCGCAGAUACGGUAGUUUAUACAGGUUCUCUGGGUACCUUAAAGCACCGAACCGUGCAAUUCUCACCCCCUCUUCCGGAGUGGAAAUUAGGCGCGAUUGAUCGCCUUGGUUUCGGAGUCAUGAAUAAAGUGAUUCUAGCAUUCGACCAGCCCUUCUGGGAUACGGAGAGGGAUAUGUUUGGUCUUCUUCGUGAGCCCAAGAACCGUGAAAGCAUGGUGCAAGAAGACUACGCCGCCAAUCGGGGUCGAUUCUACCUGUUCUGGAACUGCAUGAAGACGACCGGUCUCCCCGUUCUGAUCGCGCUCAUGGCUGGGGAUGCAGCCCACCAAGCAGAAUGCACGCCCGACGCCGAGAUUAUCACCGAAGUCAUGAGCCAGCUCCGCAAUGUCUUCAAAAAUGUGGCUGUCCCCGAUCCGUUGGAGACUAUCAUUACCCGCUGGGGCACAGACAAAUUCACCAAAGGAAGCUACUCCUAUGUAGCUGCCCAAGCCUUACCCGGAGACUACGAUCUAAUGGCCAAGUCCAUCGGCAACCUACACUUCGCCGGAGAAGCCACCUGUGGCACCCAUCCUGCCACCGUACAUGGCGCAUAUCUAUCAGGACUCCGAGCCGCAUCACAGAUCAUCAACUCCAUCCUGGGACCUAUCCAGAUCCCCGAACCCCUCGUCCCAGACAAGGGCAAGACAGUUCCACUAGGCACGGGGGUUCUUGCACAAACACAGCCCCAUCAUAUUCCCCUUGACAAUAACUCUUCAUCCCUCGAAGCCCACGACUACUACUACUACUACUACCACCCUAACCACCAACAAUCCAAACCUCAAAAGCCUCCAGCAACCACCCGGGCCGCCUACGAACAAGCCAUGCUCGACGCAGUCUAUGCCGAAACGGGGCCUCCAAUCCCGCGGCCCACGCGAUCUGGCCUCAACCCCUUCCUCCUCUAUCAAAAAGACUUCUGGCCCAAAGCACGCUCCCAGUGCGACACGGCGCACCAAACCACCACCAAAGACCCCACUGCCAAGGCACCCCGCGACGCCGUCCGCCAGGCCCUCGGUCUGAUGUGGCGACAGGCCAGCGAGGAAGAAAAAAGGCCCUACCUCGAGCAAGCCGCCUUGAACCGGCAAGCAAAUGCGGAGAUCUCGGCCCGGUGGCGCCUGGAUUCGGCCCAGUGGGCGAAACAGUCUUCGAGUGCGAAAAAGAGAUGGAGAGAAGCCAACCCGUUUGAGUCUUGGCUCGGUGCUCCUGCUCCUGCGGUUGUUGAGCCUCCUACUGGCGAGGAGCCGCCGUUGAAGAAACUGAAUCCAUCCCCUUCUCUUCCUGUUUCUGCUCCUCUUUCUUCCCAGGGGAACGGGUCGUAG